ACUCUUCCUUGUGAAAUGCAAAAAGAUACCCUCCCUCAUCUCUUCUCUGCACAUCUACAGAGGUAAGCCAUUCAAGGGAAAGUUUUGAAGCCCAAAAUAACCAGAAAACCCAGACCAAAACAAAAGCUCUUCUCUUUUUCUUUCAGCAAAUCAAAGCAUCAGAAGGAAACCCUUCAAAUUUUCAUCUUUUUCAACCAAAACCCAUUUCCCAAAUCCCUCCAAGAACCAGAAACAGCCAUGAUUGGAUCCAUUUGAAGAAUACCCCAAAUGGGUUUUCCCUCAAAACCCGUUCUUUGCCUUCUCUUUCUUGUUUUCUUUACCAGUCUUACUGUCACUGAAUCUGCCACUGACUACAACUCCUUGGUUUACAAAGGUUGUGCAAAGCAGGCUCUUUCAGAUCCAACUGGGGUUUACUCUCAAGCUCUAUCUGCCCUUUUUGGUACCUUGGUCUCGCAAUCCACCAAGGCCAAAUUCUUCAAAACUACUAGUGGGUCUGGCCAAACAACCAUCACUGGUCUCUUCCAAUGCAGAGGAGAUCUCACAAAUAGUGACUGCUACAAAUGUGUGAGCAAUCUUCCUGAACUGUCAGACAAACUUUGUGGCAAGACCGUUGCGGCAAGAGUCCAGCUUUAUGGGUGCUACAUGCUCUAUGAGGUUGCUGGGUUUGCUCAGAUUUCAGGCAUGGAAAUGUUGUACAAGAGUUGUGGUUCAACAAAUGUGGCAGGGGCUGGGUUUGAGGAGAAGAGGGAUACAGUCCUUUCAAUGAUGGAAAAUGGGGUUGCUAGUAGUCAUGGAUUCUAUACCACAAGCUAUGAAUCUCUUUAUGCUUUGGGACAGUGUGAGGGAGAUGUGGGGGAUGCAGAUUGUGGGGAGUGUGUGAAGAAUGCUGCUCAGAGAGUUCAGGUUGAAUGUGGUAGUGCUAUUUCAGGCCAAGUUUAUCUGCACAAAUGCUAUGUUAGCUUCAGUUAUUAUCCAAAUGGGGUUCCCAAAAGAUCAUCAUCAUCAUCAUCUUCUUCUUCUUCAUCUUCUUCUUCUCCAUCAGGAACAGGCCAGAAUACAGGGAAGACAGUGGCUAUAAUUUUGGGAGGGGCAGUAGGAGUGGGAUUCCUGGUUAUUUGCUUGUUGUUUGCAAGAAAUUUAAUGAAGAAACAUGAUGAUUUUUGAGGGGAAUAGCAGGUGAAUUGAUGGAUUACAGCUUUGAAGAGAAUUUUCUUUUGCGGUUGUAUUUAAUUUUACUACAUUUUUUUCUUCUGCUAAAGGAGAAAGAAAUUUUGUGAUUACCAGAAUUGGUGACUAAACAGUAAUUAGAAAAAACCAGUUGGGGAAUGAGAUGGAGGUAUGGAAUUUUUGUGAAAAGGAAUUGAAUGCAAGAGAUAGAAUGAAUGUUUUGUCAUUUUGUAGUUGCAGAGGAAGGAAGGAGGUUAUGAGAGUAAUAGGUUUUUGGCCAAUUGUCAUGUGAUUAUUGUCUCUUUCCCCUCUU